AUGAUAAAUAAUACCAAAAAGAAAAAAGAGGACAAUAAGAAGUUAAAAAAAAAGCCAAAUACACUUAAAAAAAAGAAAAAUGCUUCGGAAAAAAAAAACGUCUCAAACGAUAAGAAAAAUGAGAAACCUCGUACAAUCUUAAUAUGGAUAGACUUGCUGAAAAAUCUGAAACUGAGAAAGAACAUAGACGAAGAAAUAAGCAACUAUGAGAUAAACAAAAAUAUUAACGACAAGCUAUUACUAUUUUUAAAUAACGAUUUAGAAGAAAAUGCUAUAUUAGAAAAAAUAGACGAGUUAAAAAAUAGCAAGUUAAGUAUAUUAGUAGACAUUCAUAAGGAAAAUAUGAACAACCUACAAAAACAAUUUGAACAAGAUAUAUAUAAAAUGUUUAACGAUUUUGAAGAAGAUCAAAAAAUUUUAAUUAGAAAUAGAAACAGUAUAAUUCAUAACAUUAACCUGUUUUAUAGAAAGUUGGAGGAAAACCAAAAAGAGAGGAAAACUAAUUUAGAAAAAGAAGAGCUUCAUAUGAUGGAUGAAAUACGGAAAAACUACAUUGCAGAGAGAUACAUAGCAAAUUACAAGUUUGAGAAAUUCAGAGAGGAAGAUAACAAAACUUUUAGGGACCUACUUGCGGAAAAUAAAAAAGUACUGAACGAAGAACGUGAAAAUUACAAUUCAGUCAAAACUAAGUAUGAAAGAAAUAAAGAGAGUCUGUUGUCUAAGGAGAAGGAGGUACACGAACUGGAAUUAAAAAUUGACAGCUGGAAAUUAAAAUUAGAGAAUGAAAUUAAGAUAUACGAAAUGCAAAUUGAGAGGCUACGAAAUGAGAAAACGCAACUGUUAAAUCACAUAAGAGCAAUUAAGUUGAUACUGCAAAAAUUGAAACAUAAUGACAAGCAAAGACUAAUUGACAUAACUGUAAAUUCCAGCAAAUGCAUAAGCAAGUUGGAAGAAAAUAUUUCCCUAGCAAACAAGUUAAUUAAUACUAAUAAUUUAUGCAGGAAGUACGAAACUGAGAGAGAACAAAUUUUUUCGAGUUUAGACUCGAUGAAGCAAAACAAAAGAGACGAAUAUGUUGACGCUGCGGGAGAAGAAUUGCUUAAAAAUAUGAAAAAAGGAAAUGAGAAUAAGGCACAUUUGCUUGAAAACUUUUUUAAAAGGAAGAACAAAGCAAUCUUAGAUAUAAUUAUCUUAAAGAAGGAACUACAAACUCUCAAAAAGGAAAAUAAAAAAUACAAUAAAAUUAUUGAUGAUAUGGAAAAUAAACUAAACUUUAACAAAAAAGUGAAGAUUAAGAAGGAUGAAUUUGUUAUAAGAGCGGCGUAA